UCCUGGAGGAGGUGGAUGUUAGGUGUCCUGCCUUUCCUUCCCUUAGCUGCUGCAAUUGCACUGACUCUCCACUACUUCACAUCCCCGCCCUGCACAGUGUUCUUCCUUGGAGGCAGCAUGGAGUUCCCAAACCUGAGCUUCUCCUCGGAGCUGGCGGACUCCACCUCCCCACAGUUCCGCCUGCAGGCCCAGGCUCUGGACCACUAUCUCUCAGAACUCUACGACUCCUCUCCGUGGAGCUCGUACCACCUGCGCUCAGGAAUAACCGCCUUCAGCGAAGGAGCAGUGGGGCUCAAUGUCUUCUACUGGAGUAAAUUCUCCGCCCCGCUUGACGUUGCCAAGGAGAUUCAGACGUCCAGCCCGAACAGGCUGCAGCGCAGGAUACCCGGCAGUAACAAGGUGCAGCGGGACAGCCGCAAUGAGCAGCGCUACUACAUGGAGCGGGACGACGACCUGCUCCAUCUGCUGGGUUUGGACCCUGAUGACUUUGAAUCAGAGGAAAAAUCAGACAAAAUUAAAAAUCCAAAUAAUAUCCAGAGCGGAAAAUGGCAGCUUGGCUUCCAAGCCAUGUCCUUUGACCUCUACGCCAAAUAUGGGAACAACCGCACCCUGAGCCUCGUGAGUCCCAAGAAGCCAUACUACCAGUGGCGGCUGCGCGUGCCGUCGGGUCACGUGGUCAGACUCGUUGUACUCACCCUGCACGGCGCCACACCGGGGAGCUGCACGGCCCACAAGCUCUCGGCCUAUGACUUCUUACUCCCUUUACAGAAUAAGAUCAUCGCCAGGUGGUGUGGGCUGCCUGUUUCAGGCUCUUCUCCGGUCAUGAAGCUGACGUCUUCUGGAAAUGUGAUGCUGGUCACCUUCUCCUUCAGCAGACAGCGGGAUGGAGCGAUCUUCAAGGCGUACUUCCAGGCCAUUCCAAAAGCAGGAUGUGGAGGGUCAAUUUCCUCCUGGAAUGGCUCUAUUUCCUCUCCAUACUACCCGUCUUACUACCCUCCCAACAUAGACUGCUCUUGGACAAUAAGGGUGCCGUUGCCCGGAUACCUAAUCUCCAUGACGAUUGUGUCGAUUGACAUCCAGGAUUCCCCGUCGUCCGACGGCUGUGAGAAAGACUGGCUGGACAUCGGUGGGGUGAAACUGUGCAAUCCAGUGUCAGACAGCAGCAAAAAGCGGGUCUACUCCUCUCCUCUGUCUCUCCACUUCCACUCUGAUGAAUCUCUCACCAGCAAGGGCUUCUACCUGUUGUACCGAGCUUUCUCUCCAGAGGGCACUUGCCCUCGUCAGUUUCGUUGUGGAGACGGCCGCUGUAUCCCUCUGAGGAAGGUGUGUGACGGAAUGAAGGAUUGCCCUGACGGACGUGACGAGGCCAAAUGCUCGUCCUGCAGGCCAGGGGAAGUUCUGUGUGGAAACGGCCAGUGUAAACCCCAAAGCAGCCAGUGUCCCGGCCAGAGCACCUGUGCCGACAGCAGUGAGGAGGGAACCUGCGGCAGUAAGUGUUACCACAUCUGUCCCAACAAGGUUUGUUUGUCAAAGUCGUCAGUGUGCGACGGUGUGGUUGACUGCAGAGACCGCAGCGAUGAGCUCAACUGCACCAGAUCGUAUUUUAAAGGCUGCUCUGCGACUUCGUACAAAUGUGCAAACGGAAAGUGUGUCAGUAAGGUGAACCCAGAGUGUGAUGGACUUAAAGACUGCUUCGAUGGCUCUGACGAGCUGCGCUGUGGAUGCGGCACGAGGCCCAGGAAGCGGACGAAGAUCGUGGGCGGGUCGGACGCCACGGCGGGCUCGUGGCCGUGGCAGGUCAGCCUCCAGAUGGAUCGCUACGGCCACGUGUGCGGAGCCACGCUGGUGUCCAGCCGCUGGCUCAUCUCCGCCGCUCACUGCUUCCAGGACUCAGACGCCAUCAAAUACUCGGACGCUCGCGCGUGGCGGGCCUACCUGGGGAUGCGGGUGAUGACCACCGGGAACCACGGCGCGUCCACCAGGCUGAUCCGGCGGAUCCUCCUGCACCCGCAGUACGACCAGUUCACCUCGGACUACGACAUCGCCCUCCUCGAGCUCAGCACGCCCGUCUUCUUCAACGACCUGGUGCAGCCGGUGUGCGUCCCCGCCUCCUCACACGCGUUCACCUCUGGGACCAGCUGCUUCGUCACCGGGUGGGGAGUUCUGAUGGAGGACGGCGAACUGGCGUCUCGUCUGCAGGAAGCCUCGGUGAAGAUCAUCAACCGGAACACCUGCAACAAGCUGUACGACGACGCCGUCACUCCCAGGAUGCUGUGUGCAGGAAACCUGCAGGGAGGGGUGGACGCCUGCCAGGGUGACUCGGGAGGCCCGCUGGUGUGUCUGGAGCGUGGCAAACGCUGGUUCCUGGCGGGAAUCGUGAGCUGGGGCGAAGGCUGUGCGAGGCAGAACCGGCCCGGCGUUUACACACAGGUGGUCAAAUUCACCGACUGGAUCCAUCAGCAGACCAAAGGACAGGUGUGACUGCGCGUCACACACACACACACGCACAUUCGAACAAAGUGACUAAGUUAACACACAGUAUGGGGG